GUCGCUGUGCGCGCUCCCGACUGCUGCUCUGUGGUAAUUCGGCAGGGUGGAGCUAACAGAGCUACACAAACACAGAGACGGACAGACAGACGGACGGACAGACGGAGGGACAGCGCGUCCCUGAUACAGAUGAUCUGAGGCGCCGCUCCGGGCAGUGGGAUCAGAGGAUGGACGCGGUGGACGCGGUGUUCUGCCCAAACCGCAGCGGAGCGGUCAGUAACCCCCUCCUGGACCAGCUGCCCAGUUACCAGUCCCUGCUGUACCGCAGGAAGUCCUCCGGCAGCAACAGCACCAAGCGGCGCAGCAUCAGCAGGGGGCGCUAUGGCUCCACCAGCAGCCACAGCGGGAGCGGGAGGGGGGCUUCCCUACGGACAGAGGAGAGGCCGAUGCCCGCCCGCAGCGUUCCUGACCACAGACUGGCCCGGGAGCUGCCCUUGAGCCUGGAGGAGAAACGUAGAUACAAGGAGCAGAGGCUGCAGCAGCACGGCGAGCUGAGCGGCUGGGCGCAGUGGAGGCUGAGCUCUCGUCACUAUCUGAAGAGGCUGAAGGAGGAGAGCGUGGAGGCGCUGAGCGCUCUGCAGCUGUGGAGAGCAGACAUCCACCUGAUCGAGGGGAUGUUUGGAACAGGAAUUCUGUCAUAUUUCUCCUUCCUGCGCUUCCUGGUGCUGCUGAACUUCGUCAUGUUUCUGCUGAUGUUCAGUUUCGUGAUGCUGCCCAUCAUCACCGCCACUCACACGACCUCCGUCAACUCCACCUUCGCCAAUGGAGGAGGGGGUGAGUGCAGUGUGUAUCCCCCCCGUGAUCGGCAAGGACUCGUGAAUUUCCACCAGCACAUCAUCGACCUGCUCUCUGGAACGGGGUUCCUGGAGCAGACCUACCUGUUUUAUGGCUACUACAAAGUGGAGAACAUCCACUUCCUCUCAUUCAGCUACAACCUGCCGCUGGCCUACCUGCUCUGCACCAUCACCUACCUGCUCCUCAGCCUGCUCUGGAUCGUCAAGAGGUCAGCGACGGGCUUUAAGAGGAAGCUGGUCCAGGACGAGGAGCGUUUUCAGAGUUUCUGUAAUAAGGUAUUCGCAGGCUGGGAUUUCUGCAUCACCAACGAGAACGCGGCUCGACUCAAACACAGCAGCCUGCUCUACGAGCUGAAGACGGAUCUGGAGGAGGAGCGGAUCAGGCAGAAGAUGGCGGAGCGUUCCCGAAAGGAGAAGUGUCGGAUUUACUCUCUCCGGAUCGCUCUGAACCUGUUCGUCGUCGCCGUGCUGGUGUGCUGCUUCUACUGCAUCUACAGCGCCACCAUCUUCUCCCAGCAGAAGCAGGCUCAGUGUCAGAAGUGUUACUUUAUCGUGGAGUUGAUAAUCGAGUAUCUGCCCUCCAUCGUUAUCACUCUGGCCAACUUCAUCACCCCCAUCAUCUUCAGCAUCAUCAUCAGCUUUGAGGAUUAUUCACCUGCCUUCGAGAUCCGCUUCACUCUCAUGAGGUGUGUGUUCAUGCGUCUGGCCAGUAUCGGAGUCCUGCUGUUCUCUCUGUGGUCUCAGAUCACUUGUGGUGAAGUGUGUCCCUGUGGAUACAACCAUAAAGUCUACCCUUGCUGGGAGACCCACGUUGGUCAGGAGAUGUAUAAGCUGAUGAUGUUUGACCUCCUCAUCAUCGCCUCCGUCACCGUCUUCGUGGAGUUUCCCAGAAAGAUCCUGGUGAAUCACUGUAACUGUGGCCUGGUGAAGUGGUGGGGUCAGCAGGAGUUCGCCAUCCCUCAGAACGUUCUGGAGAUCGUUUAUGGCCAGACCAUCUGCUGGAUCGGAACGUUCUACUGCCCGCUGAUGCCCGCCAUCAACACCAUCAAAUACUUCCUGGUGUUCUACAUCAAAAAGGUGACCCUGGUGAACAACUGCCGUCCAGCGUCUCGGCCGUUUCGAGCCAGCAGCUCCACCUUCUUCUUCCUGGCUGUGCUGCUAAUCGGAUUAGCGUUAGCCGCAGUGCCGGUCGUAGUCAGCAUCGCACAAAUCCACAGCUCCAGAGCCUGCGGCCCGUUUGUGAACUUCACCACGUCCUGGGAGGUCGUCCCGCGGACAGUAUCCCAGCUGCCCCAGGGGCUGAUGGCCUUCCUGUACACGCUGUCCUCCGAGGCCUUCGCCGUGUCCUUCUUCGUCAUCACCUGCCUGGCGAUGUUCUAUGUGAUAGCGUUAGCUGGAGCUCAUAAGCGUGUGAUCAAUCAGCUGAGAGAGCAGCUCGCCAUGGAGGGUCGUGAUAAGAGGUUCCUGAUACAGAAGUUGUGUCAGGCUCAGGCGGAUCUCUCUGCUCAUUCCUCACGCUCACGUUCUGGGCUCAGUUACCGUGGGAACCAGAAGUCCAGCACCUCCGGGGUCUACGUGGUCAGACCUCUGGUCCAGUACGAGACCCAGGCAUGAGGAGCUCUAUUCUGAUUGGCUGAAUUCUGGAUUUGUGCUCUUCUCAUUUGCUGAGUUCAUGAUGAGCUUCCACCUCAUUGGUCAAACGUACGAUGGCCUCUCCGUCAUUGGUCAAGCCCAUGAGGAGCUUUAAUCUGAUUGGUCUGGCUGCCUUUUCAUUGGAUGGACAGUAUUUUCUGUAUCUUUUCUGAGUCCAGCACCUGUAAAGAGAGUCUACAGCUGCGUCCAGAGUUAAAGCGAGGAGUCAGAGUGACCUCUUUACUCGUGUUUGAUGUCUGCAGUUUGCCUCUGGGGUUCCAGUGCUGGAGCCACGAGGCCAAUGUAGCUACCAAGCAAUGGAAGCUUAUGUACACCAGUUAGCAUGGUGCUAACUGCAGGUCUGCCUUACUGUAAAGGCCUCAAAGGGGCUUCCAGGGCGUGUUAGCUACAUUAGCCUCGGAGCCUCAGUGCUGAAACUACAGAAGCAAGCUUGUCUUGGCUGAUCGACGGUGUUUGGGGUGAACUGGAGGGAUUUUUUACACUGAACCGGCUCUUUAAUGAUGUACUGUUGGUGCGCUGCACUCUUACCUGCACCUUACCUGUGAUCUACCUGUCGUCAUAACAACUCCUGAAUAAGCCUAAAGAGCGUAUACACUAUACAGGCACUGUGGUCACCAGACCAUCAGUGCACUACUGCCCUGCACUGUUGCUGCUUUACACCCUGUGUGCCUUUUUAAUUCUGUUUAAACUGUUCAACUCGUUUAGAGUCUGUAAGGGGACCAUUUAUGGGCGUGAGAAUAAAAACAUUUCACUAA